GAGAUUCCAGAGUGAACGAACACCCUGCUUUGGCAAGCAUGCACACACUGUGGGUGCGAGAACACAACAGGAUUGCCAGAAAACUGGCCAAACUUCGGCCACAGGACUCCACGGAGGAAAUUUUCCAGCUCACCAGGAAAAUCGUUGGUGCUCUCCUUCAGAAGAUCACCUAUAACGACUGGCUGCCAAUAAUCAUCGGCCGGGUGGCCACCCUAGCCGAACUGGUGUCCAAGACAGGCCGAUCCACCCCAAACCUGGCCUUGGACCCAAGCAUCACCAACUCCUUCUCCACCGCCACCUUCCGAUUUGGACACUCGAUGGUUCCCGCCGAAAUGCUCAUCGGAGAGAGAACAGUGUACCUAAGGGACCUGUUUAACAGACCUGCAGAAGUCUUGGAUAAUCUGGACGACGUUUUAGCUGGUCUGGCUGGAGUGAGCAGGAUCCACGGGCUCGUUGGCUAUAGGUCUCGUCUGGUAGAGGACGUGGACAAGGAAGUCGCUGAGGAUCUCACCAAGUUUCUGUUCCAACCUCCGAACGCUCCCCGAGGCUCGGGAUUCGAUCUCGUGUCCCUCAACAUCCAACGCGGGCGUGACCACGGCAUUCCUCCCUACACCAAGUUCCGCGAGAUAUGCAAUUACCCGCCCCUAACAGGAUUCAACGAUAAGGCGCUGGGUCCGCAUGGAUCAAAGCUGGCCACCAUCUAUGAGUCUGUGGAUGACAUCGAUCUGUUUACUGGGCUGCUGUAUGAGCCACACAUUCAAGGUGGAAUUGUUGGGGCAACCUUGAACUGCCUGAUCGUUCACCAGUUCACAUAUCUCAAAACUGGAGAUCGAUUUUUCUUCGAUACCUCUGAGAAGGAAUGCGGAUUCACAGACGACCAGCUAGAAAACAUCCGAGAAACAACGCUGGCGUCAAUCAUGUGUGAGAACCUCGAGAUGCCUCAGUUACCUGUGAACGUGUUCCGACUGGUCUCCAAAUACAACCUAUUGACGGAUUGCCAACAACUGAAAGGCGCCCUGAACCUGAAACUGUUCCAGUAAUGAAGCGAAUGACCAGCUGUAAGAGUUCACGCGGGGUGGGUGGAAGGACCUCCCACGCCACAACGGAGACUGGACUUCCAACAUGGUUUUUCCCACGACUUUUGCUGUAGGUUUCAACUCCAACCAUUGCUUUUGAAUACAAGGAAUUAGUGUGUAUGAUGAACAGCAGUCAGUUCCAAGCCAACAGAUUACUACCGUUUUGUUGGGGUCCUGGUGUUCGAUUACGCUCAGGAAAAAAAAUAAUGUAACGGGAAUUUUCUGGAAUUUUCUGAAACGUUCUGAAUCGUCUAAGACUUUCCCCUGAAUUUUUUUCUUUAAAAAAAUGUAUUGAUAACAAAUCUUAAUAAAUUGUGAAAUUACAACACUUGA